CCAUAAAACGGCAGCUCAUUUCAAAAUGGAGGACCGACUCGAGUGAUCGUGCGAAUUUACGAAACACUAAAUAUAGCUUAGUAGAAUAAUAGAUCUUAAUACAGGCACAACCAUGACGUAGCCCAAACUCAUAUCAAAACAUUUACUGGGGCUGAUACGUGAAACAUUUCGCUAUUCAUUGUGCGGGUUUGUAUAAGAAAGGUUGUUAUGGGAGCAGAAUGUAGUGUGUAUAAGGAUUAUGACCUUGAGGAGCCACUAGAAACUUCGUCAUCUGACUGGGUGCUCUACCCCGCCCAGUCCAGAGGGGAGGGCCCUUCUACAAGAGUCUCUGUGUUUGUGCACAAGAAAAGCAAGAAAGAGAGGAAGCAAAAGGGAGGAGGACAAAAGUUUUCACAGAUCCUCAAAGUACUGCGUCACCCUGCCAUCCUUAAAUACUACAGCUCCCACAAUGGCUCUGAUGAGGUUGCCAUGGUUACAGAACCAGUUGAACCUUUGGAGCAUGUGUUAAAUGACCUGGCUGUAGACGAGAUUGUCGCUGGAAUUUAUAAUAUUGUCCAAGCCUUGGUGUUUUUGCAUGAUAAUGGCGGAUUAUCUCACAACAGUGUAGGGCUGUCAUCUGUUUACGUCAGUGUUUAUGAUGGAGCGUGGAAACUUGGUGGGAUGCAGUGUGUAUCCAAAUUCACUGAAGUCACCAAUGAGUUUUUAGAAACUGCAAAGCCAUUGCGAGACUCAAAGUCAAUUACACCAGAGGAGAAGGAUGGCAAAAUAUCACUUGUUCCUGAGGUUUAUCACUCUCUGGAUGCUUAUGCCUUUGGCAUGUUUGUCUGUGAUGUGUUGGAAAGCAGACCAGACUUGAUUGGAAGUGAAAGUGACAGGUUUUCUGCCCUGAUGCAAAACUCCUUUCUCCACAACACCCCUAAGAUGAGACCGAAGCUCUGCACUUUACUAGACAAUGAAUUCUUCAAAAAUGAUUAUCUGGAUGUAUUGUCUUUCCUGAACAAUAUCACAGUCAAGACAGAUAUAGACAAGGAGAAGUUCUUCUGUUCUCUGGCAGUGAAGUUAAAAGGAAUACCUGCUGAUGUGGUUGCUAAGCGACUGUUGCCAAGGCUACUGAACCGGUUUGUGUUGGCAGAGCCAAGUGCAGAGAAAGAGUUCCUACCGCACAUACUCUCUCCUUGUGAUGGUGAAACUGGAAGCGAAGAUGACGGCAUCCAACCGAUACUUCCCUUAAAUCUAUUCAAGGAGCACUGCGUGCCUAUUUUAUCCAAGCUAUGGACUAUCAAGGAUCUCCAUGUUCGUAUGAUCCUGUUAAGAUUCUUCCCUUUUUUUGUCGGCGCUUACGAUACAGAGGCACUGGAGACGUUUAUCAUGCCACAGAUGCUGAUUGGCUUACGCGAUACGGAUGACUCUCUUGUGUCCGCUACAUUUCACGCGCUAGCAGCGCUCGUGCCACUACUCGGAGGGGAAGUGGUCGUAGGAGGUCAGCGGCAGAAGUAUUUUACUGAGGGGAGGCCCAAGUUCAGCAUGGGAGUUUCGCCAGUCACCAAGAAUAAUACUCAUAUACACAAGUCAUCUGAUCAAAAGCAGACAAAAGCCAUCGCCCCACUAAACGUACUAGACGCUCUACACAUGCACCCCAAACCGAACUUGAAGGAGGAAAAGCCACCUCAGAAGAUCACUAGCGAAGAACAGAAACAAAAGGAGAGGAAUCGGCAAAAACAUCGGGAAGAAAUGGAGAGGAAACGGGAGAAAUUACAGAAAGAAAGGGAACUGAAAAAAGCCAAAAGGGAGAAAGAAAGGGAUGAAAAUGAAAAAGCAAGAAAAACGUUACUAGAGCUGGCCAAAGAGCAAGCGUUAGAGAUAGUCGUACCUGAACACGAAGUUAUAAGUAAAGAAGAUGAGCUCGAUGAUGACUUCGAGGACUGGGACGAGUUCGAAACUGCUGAGCCUGAGCCUGAGCCGGAGCCAUCAGUCAAACAAAAACUAAAGACAUCCCCGACUCGUUUCCAGACCUCCAGUUCACAGAAAUUCGACCUGACGGACGUUGACUUUGCUCCUUUGCAAAAUAAUUCCGCCAGAAAUGAACCUGAUCUCAUUGCUUGGAACAAUGAUGACCGUAGUCCAAAGUCCGAUUCACAAAAGCCUGAUAGGGAAAUCUUAGUUAAACCGUUUGGAACCGGAAGAGGAAUGAAGCUAAGUACAAAAAAGCCCAGUCUCCGUUCAGCCAAGCCCAAACCCCCCGAGGGAGGUGACCUGGGAAAGAUGUUUGAAAUCCCUGAUAUUACCAUCAAGCCUCAGGAGCCGGAUUUCUUCUCAGACAUGCAGCCAGAAUUGGAGUUCAAGCGAUACGAUGGGGGAGUGGGUGGGGCCAAUGUGUCGACUGGGUACAGUACAAUGAUGAGUGUGCAAAACACUGCGCAGGUUGAGGCUGGCUGGGAUGACGAGGACUGGGCGGACCUGAAUUAAGGGGGAAAUAAACAAUGAAAUAAGGAGAAAAUAUUUUUUAAAGAAUAUAGUUAGGAAUGUAUUAAGCAGUGAAUAUAAAAUCCCAGAAUAAAUCUAUUCAUCCCCGCAGAGGUAAUCUUUUCCCUGUGUUGCUUCCCCAGAACUCUGCACUUGAAAUUUACCGUUAUAAGGUAUUUAUUCUUAAUUCUCUCGGUCGAUAAAGUUAGAUUUUUUUCUGAAUUAUACAAUGACGUUUUAUAUACUGAUUGUAAGAAAGUAAUUAUUCAAAAAUACAAGAUUUCAACUGUGUUUUGUAAAUCAACUAUUAUAAAGUCUCGUCAGCCCAUA